AUGGUGCAGAUCUUGGAGUUAGAGGAAGUGCCAAUGGGGCUGAUUUUGCAGGUAGAGGUAAGCGCCCAUGGGGUUGAUUUUGGAGGCAGAGGUAGCGCCCAUGGGGCUAGCCAUGAAGGCAGCGCCCAUGGUGUUGGCCUCAAAGGUGGCAUCCAUGGCACUAGCUUUAUAGGCGGUGCCCAUGGGUCUGGCCACGAAGGUGGAGCCCAAGGCAUUGGCCUUAGGGGCGGCGCCCAUGGGGCCGGUUUUGCGUCCUUUGUUAAGGAUUCCAAGGACAUGGAUUGCACAAAAAAUGGCGAAGGAGGCACUUUGAGCAACUCCAAGAAGCAUGCGUGUAAGCCCAGUGGUACCUUUUACGCCUGGGUAGUGCGAGAAAAUGGCCAGGCAGUGAUCUGA